AUUGCGUCAAAUCUAUUGUUUUAACAUAUUACUUUUGAUCGUUUCAUUCAAUUGUCCUUUAUAUUGUUCCCCCGGUCUCAAGCGCAAACAUGAUUAUACAGUGCUGAUUAUUGAGAGUUGGUGUCGCUGUUUUUCUCGGUGUGGCUCAGCUGGAAUCAACAACGUUCGGUAACACAACGUGAAACAAAGUGGUGCUGGUGCGCAAGCAAGUCGCAGCAAUCAAGGCCACUCAUGAAUGUGUUUGAGAAGAAAUAAAGCAAGAAAAUGACUUCGAUUAGCUGCAGAAGUUUGAAGAGACUGCGAGAAUGGCGAACACUCCUCAUAAUAUUCUUGACACCACUCGUUUUGAGUCCGCUACCGUUAAUAGUGACAACAAAGGAAGCAAGGACUGCAUAUGCAAUUCUUAUAAUGGGCAUAUACUGGUGCACUGAAGUUACUAACCUUACAGUAACUGCCUUGCUGCCCCUGUUUCUCUUCCCUGUUCUUCGAGUGUUGCCUGCGAAGGACAUAGCUCCUCCGUACUUUAAGGAUACAAACAUUCUGGUAUUGGGAGGCUUGAUGAUGGCAGUUGCGAUCGAGAGAUGGAACCUGCAUAAAAGAAUAUCAUUGAAAGUCCUCUUACUGAUAGGAACCUCACCAAGAAGAUUGAUGUUAGGGUUCAUGAUCGUUACUGCUUUUAUUUCGAUGUGGAUCACAAACACUGCAACCACUGCUAUGAUGACCCCAAUUAUGGAAGCUGUUCUCAAGAAACUGGACGAAGAGCUCGAAACCCAAAAUAAGUCUAGCAAUCUUGAUAAUCUAGCAGUAAUCACAAGCAAUGAACCUCCAAAAACUGGAGAUGAAACCAGAACAAGCCCAUCUGAUGCGACCGAAGAAACUCAUUUAGAAGCUGAACGUGGAGAGGAAGAAAUGAUUGAGAUGGCAUCACCAUUUAAGACCUAUCGACAAGAUUCAGGUGACAUUGAUGGAGCAAGCGAUGACGUACGCAUUGUGAUACAAGAAAGCUCCCAAGAAGAUGAGGAGCGACGAGUAAAACAACACAAGACAUUGUGCGUUGCCAUGACACUAUGCAUUUGUUAUGCUGCCAAUAUUGGUGGAACAGGGUCUCUGACUGGCACCACACCGCAACAGAUUCUGGCAGGACAACUUACUGAUGUUUUCAAGGAUUCACCAGGAAUGUCAUUUCUUUCAUGGGGCACAUACGCGUUUCCUGAAAUGGUAAUUUUCCUCAUUAUUGCAUGGAUCUACCUGCAAGCAAUGUUCUUUGGGAUCAGUUGGAAGCAUCUAUGUUGCUGUUUUCGAGGAAAAAAGCGAAAUAAGACUAAAGGAAAAGAAGUAUAUGCUUUGAUGAAGCAACAAUACGCAGAGCUUGGACCAAUCACGUUCGCUGAGUACGCCGUGUUUGGCCAUUUCCUUGCUCUGGUAUUAAGCUGGAUUCUUAGAGACCCUAAAUUCAUUCCUGGAUGGGGUGCGUUGUUUCCUCUGGGCAAAAAGAGCUACGUCAGUGAUUCAACAGCUGGUGUCAUAAUUAGUUUUUCCAUGUUUGUUUUCCCAUCUGAAAGACCGGAGAUAUUAGGAGGGCCACGCAGAAGGAAGCCACACACGACACUACUAGAAUGGAAAUUUGCACAGUACAAAUUUCCUUGGAAUGUGACACUGCUGCUAGGAUCUGGUUUUGCAAUAGCAAAAGCUUGUGAGGAAUCUGGCCUUUCAAUGUGGCUUGGUUGUCAAUUAGCAGCACUAAGCUCAGUCCCAAAUUUUGUUAUUGUUCUGGUCAUAUCGAUCUUGCUGACGUUUCUCACUGAAUUCACAUCAAACACUGCAACAGCAACCAUCCUUUUACCAGUACUUGCUUCAUUGGCGCAAAGCAUCAAGGUCCAUCCAUACUAUCUCAUGGUUCCUGCAGCAGUGUGUGCAUCGUUUGCAUUUAUGCUUCCAAUCGCUGGACCUUCAAAUGCCAUUGUGUUUUCAACGGGAAGAAUCACGAUAUUUGAUAUGAUGAAAGCUGGUUUUGGGAUGAAUAUUAUUGGUAUAAUAAUCGUGAACUUAUCCAUAAAUACGUAUGGUAAAGCAUUCUUCGACUUGACUAGCUAUCCUGACUGGGCUUCAAGUGCUGUUAACAAGGUGCAGUGUGGCCCUGUUAUACCGACCACAUUUGCACCAACUUUGAGUGCCAAUGCAACAACGAUGCCAUUCACUUCAUCAGUUUUAAAUGCAUCACUUUUUUAGCCCUUGGGUGAUGUUGCUUGAAUAGUUGCUUGAUUCUACUGUAUUAUGAAAGCUUUAGGAAAACAUACCUUGCAGUGUCUUGUCUUUUUAGUAUCUCUUUGGUUA